GUAUGAUAUACAAGAUUUGCAGUUCUGUAUGAGUUGGUGUUUUAUAUCAGUGAAAGAAUAUUGAAAAUUUCUCAACCAUCAAGAUGGCAGUGUGAAUCUAACGGGUGCAACAGAAUUUGGAACUAAGACGUUUGUGAUUAGGUUUCGGAUCUAUCGGAUUGUUAGUUUCACGUGUCUUUGAAAAAUAACUAAAAUUUCAAUAAUAUUGAUUUCCGUGUUUUGUUGUUGACAAAGUUUCGUGACAAAACGAAUUAUUUCACUGGAUACAUCCAUUAAGUAACAUGACAGAAAAGAAUGAAGAUAAUACCGAGAACGAUAACAAUAUUGACAGGAUAAAACUAGUAGCUGACAAGAAAACUUUUUUGGAAAAACAGUAUCUUCAGGUUCAAAGAGAAAUUAAAGUAUCCUUUGCUCGUUUGGCACAAACAUUAUAUGCUAGAGAGAAACAACUUUUACGACAAUCAGAGGCAAUUUACAGACAACAAAUAUCUUUGGCAUUAUCUAGCCAAGAAACUCUUCCUCCAUCUAUAGCAAUACUAGAUGAGAGAAAUAUACUUGAAGAACAAAUCAAACAAUUUGGAAGAAUAGAGCUGACAGGUUCAAACUCGACAGCUAUAACUAAUUUAGAACCCUAUCAAAUUCAGGAAUACCAGGACAUUAAUAAAGACCAUGUCAGCUUUGACAAGUCCAUUAAAAUUUCAGAAAUUAUUUCUUCGAAUACAAACAUGGAAUUUUCUUCUAUGGCAGAAGACAGAAAGAUGGAAAAUAUUUGUAAUGAAUUAAAGACUUUUAGUGUAACAAACUUAACAGAUAAAUUGAGUAAUAUUACCGAUUUCCAAGAAAAAGAUUCUGAAAACAUGCUUGACCAGUCAUCAAACGCAAACUUAGAAUUUCAAAUAAACGAUUUUAAUCUACAAAAUGUUAGUAUUGAUCAACAAGACGAUGGCAAAUGUUUCAAAAAUUCAAUAAGAAACAUUGUGGAAGAACAACACAAUUCUUAUGAACUCCCAGAACAAGUUCAACAGUGGUUAGACCAGAUUGUUCUGGAAACUGAAAUAGAACCAACCAUUCAUGAAGUAGAAAAGCUACCUGAAAUAUCAGAGACGUGUGUCUACACAAAUCUCCAAUUAGAAACAUAAAAUAAAUAUUUUUAUUUAACCGACCAA